AUGGAAGAACUGAAUGAUCAGCAGUUGCUACCCUUCGUGAAAUAUUCCAAGAAAGACAGAAUAUCAGACACACCCCACCUCACGCUCAAAAUUGAAGGAGAUUCAACUGCUGACGUGGGGGUGGACGACCCAAUUUACAAUAUCCUCUUCACAAUUACGCGGGCUGCAGACAAUCCCCAAACACGACCAUGCAUCAUUCAUUGGAACCCCCUCGAAGACGGCUGUGGUCCGUCGGGUACGAUAUUGCUUUACCAUCAAACUGACAGCCAUGGAACGCACAGCCUGGAGCUCAAGAGGUAG